GGCGGUGAUCAGGAUGCUGGUAUGGGGUAUGGCGGUGAUCAGGGCGCUGGUAUGGGGUAUGGCAGUGAUCAGGGUGCUAGUAUGGUGUACGGCAGUGAUGAUGGUGCUAGUAUGAUGGUGAUCAAGGUGCUGGUAUGGUGUAUGGAGGUGACCAGGGUGCUAAUAUGGCAUAUGUCAGUGAUCAGGGUGUUGGUUUGGGGUAUGGCAGUGAUAAGGACACUGGUAUGGUGUAUUGGAGUGUUUUUCCACACUGGGACAGGUGACAGGGCCUCCCUGCAUUAUUUAUUAUUGUGGGGCAGUGAUCAGGGACACUGGGGCACUAAACUGGGGCACUGGGAUGGCUGGCAU